AUGUUUCCAGAGAAAGACCCACCAAAGCCGGAGCGCAAGGCUCCAGUGUUUUUGAACGAGUUGCUCACUCCGCCUGACCCUCCGAAAUCCUCAGGUUCGAGACCCUCCACGGCUUCCACAGGCUUUCCUGGAUGGGGCUCGAGUCAGGAUCCUGCAGUGUUGGCUGCCAUGAUGGUGCAGGCUGCAAUGAUGAAGAGCUCACCUCCAGUUCCUCCCAUGGCGGGAACCAUGCCCUAUGCGGGACAGAUGCCACCGGCUUGUUUCAGGACUCAAUCUGGCAGACUUCUUGCGGCUUAUGCGAGCCUCCACAACGCCUCGGCACCUUCGACCGCCUUUUGGGCAAGUUCCUGCCGACGCCUAUCCUGCAACACUGCAGACACCAAAGAGUGA